CGUGCGAAAGCCCGGGACUCGUGGGGUCCCGGACGCCGCAGAAUCCUGAGCCGCGCAGCUCCGCUCUCGCCAUGAGGCCAGGUUUCAGCCCCCGUGGGGGCGGCUUUGGUGGCCGAGGCGGCUUCGGUGACCGUGGCGGUCGAGGUGGCGGGUUCCAGGCUGGUGGCAACCGGGGUCGUGGUCGGGGAGGAAGGAAGGGAAAUCAGUCCGGGAAGAAUGUGAUGGUGGAGCCUCACCGGCAUGAGGGUGUCUUCAUUUGUCGAGGAAAGGAAGAUGCGCUAGUCACCAAGAAUCUGGUCCCUGGAGAAUCAGUUUAUGGAGAGAAAAGAGUCUCGAUUUCGGAGGGAGAUGACAAAGUCGAGUACCGUGCCUGGAACCCCUUCCGCUCCAAGCUGGCCGCAGCGAUCCUGGGAGGUGUGGACCAGAUCCACAUCAAGCCAGGGGCCAAGGUGCUCUACCUCGGGGCUGCCUCAGGCACCACCGUCUCCCACGUCUCUGACAUUGUAGGCCCGGAUGGUCUGGUCUAUGCAGUUGAGUUCUCCCACAGAUCUGGCCGUGACCUCAUUAAUUUGGCCAAGAAGAGGACCAACAUUAUUCCUGUCAUUGAAGAUGCUCGGCACCCACACAAGUACCGCAUGCUCAUUGCAAUGGUGGAUGUGAUCUUUGCCGAUGUGGCCCAACCAGACCAGACCCGUAUUGUAGCCUUGAAUGCCCACACUUUCCUACGUAAUGGAGGACAUUUUGUGAUUUCCAUUAAGGCCAACUGCAUUGACUCCACAGCGUCUGCCGAGGCAGUGUUUGCCUCGGAAGUGAAAAAGAUGCAGCAGGAGAACAUGAAGCCCCAGGAGCAGCUGACUCUAGAGCCAUAUGAAAGAGACCACGCUGUGGUCGUGGGCGUGUACAGGCCGCCCCCCAAGGUGAAGAACUGAAGGCCUGCGCUCCACCUGGAUUUUGAGAAAUUGUGUUGCUACUGUUACACGUGUUUUUCUAUUAAAAGACUCAUCCUUCCUUCCA